ACGAGGCGGGCGGUUGGCGCAGGCGCAGUGAGCGUUCUCGGCGGCGAAUGGAGACGGAUGGAGCCGCGGAGGAAUGGAAGCGGCAACAAGGGAGCCGAGGCGCCGCCGCCGCCAGCCCUGGCCGCCGGGAGCGAAGCCAGGAAGCACAGCUCCGCUUGUCGCCCGCGCCUCGACUCCCUACGCAAGAACAGGCCCCCAUUUCCUUGGUUCGGCUUGGAUAUCGGAGGCACCCUGGUGAAGCUUGUUUAUUUUGAACCAAAGGACAUUACCAUGGAGGAGGAGGAAGAGGAAGUGGAGAACCUGAAGAGCAUCCGGAAGUACUUGACCUCCAACACUGCUUAUGGCUCCACCGGAAUCCGGGAUGUGCACCUUGAACUAAAGGACCUUACGCUGUGUGGACGUAAAGGCAAUCUGCACUUUAUACGCUUUCCUACCCAUGAUAUGCCUGCUUUUAUUCAAAUGGGCAAAGAUAAACACUUCUCAAGCCUCCACACAACCUUAUGUGCCACAGGAGGUGGAGCAUAUAAGUUUGAGCAGGACUUUCGCACAGUGGGAGACCUCCAGCUCCGCAAAAUGGAUGAACUCGAUUGCCUUAUUAGAGGAGUUUUGUACAUUGAUUCGGUCGGGUUCAAUGGACACUCAGAGUGCUAUUACUUUGAAAACCCAACCAUUCCUGAGAAAUGUGAGAAGCUCCCCUUCAAUCUGGAGAAUCCUUACCCUCUCCUUCUGGUGAACAUCGGCUCAGGGGUCAGCAUCCUAGCUGUGUAUUCCAAAGACAAUUACAAGCGGGUGACUGGGACCAGCCUUGGAGGCGGGACCUUCUUUGGCCUGUGCUGCCUUCUGACAGGCUGCUCCACCUUUGAAGAGGCUCUUGAGAUGGCAUCCCAUGGGGACAGCACCAAAGUGGACAAAUUAGUCCGGGAUAUUUAUGGAGGGGAUUACGAGAGGUUUGGGCUGCCAGGCUGGACGGUGGCAUCCAGUUUUGGAAAUAUGAUGAGCAAGGAGAAGCGAGAUGCAGCUAGUAAGGAAGACCUGGCAAGAGCAGCUUUGAUCACCAUCACCAACAACAUUGGCUCCAUUGCCCGGAUGUGCGCCCUCAACGAGAACAUUAAUCGAGUGGUUUUUGUGGGGAACUUCCUGCGUAUCAAUACGGUCUCCAUGAAGUUUCUGGCCUACGCCUUGGACUACUGGUCGAAGGGGCAGCUGAAGGCCCUGUUCUUGGAACAUGAGGGUUAUUUUGGAGCCGUUGGGGCUUUUCUGGAGCUUCUCCAUCCGUCCUGAUCUCUCUGUGGAGAUUCCGUUCAGGCUUCUACACCAAAGGGAACAUCUUCUUUCAGCUUUAUGUGUAAAUGUAUCUGCCUGUUUUGACUGGUCAACGGAAGUAAUUGUGAAUAACUAACUCCUCAAUCAGUGCAGAGGAUAGAGGUAUUUUUUUCAAAGGUUAAAACUAGCCUGCAUAUGAAAAGCGUUGGAAAAAAAGAAAUUUAUCUCUAUAUUUGCAAAUUUGUGGCUUGAAUAUGUCUUAUCUCACCACUGUUAAAGCGCAUGUUUAAUUAAUCUUGUAUUGCGCACCUUUGUGACAUAUACUGUGAGAAGGCUUGAAGGACGGAGUCAAUGCAUAUGGAGCUUCACGCGGGUUGCACUGUGCUGAAACCUAUUUAAAGUGCUACUUUAUUUACUAAUCUUAUAUGAUCUUGCAGGGCUUUUGUGUGUGUAUAUAUGUGUGUGUGUGUUUUAAUAAUAGCACCAAAAUGUGUGGAAUAUAAAAAAAAACCCACUUUCAAUAUUAAAUCUGUUUCUUUUUUUUAA